ACGCCAGAAUAUAAUUUUUGUGUCGCCGUGAAUAGAUUUUGCAAAAAGAAAAGUUUCGUCAUGGCCAACAAAUUUGGAUAUGUUAGCUCAAAGCUUCUGCAAUUUUCCAAGGGCUAUCUGAACCGCACAUCCGUGCGACCAAAGACAAGCUUUUCGGCCCGCAACUGGAUCCCAGGACGUCCGAAAUUGCUGGCGCUGGGCGCUCUGACUGCCGGCAUGGGAGCUCUGCUGUAUGCCCUGGAUGCGAGCGUGGAUGCCUCGAACGACUGUGUGCACCCACCGAAGCAGUUGUGGUCCCACAAGGGUCUACUCUCGGCCCUCGACAGGGAGGCUGUACGCCGCGGCUACCAGGUGUACAAGGAGGUGUGCUCCUCGUGCCACUCGCUGCAGUACAUUGCGUACCGCAACCUGGCCGACAACUGCAUGACCGAAGCGGAGGCGAAGGCAGAGGCCGAGCAGGUGAUGGUAAAGGAUGGACCCGACGAGAACGGCGAGUACUUCGAGCGCCCGGGCAAGCUGUCCGACUACUUGCCGUCACCCUAUCCGAACGAGGAAGCCGCCCGCUCGGCCAACAACGGAGCCUAUCCGCCGGACCUGAGCUACAUCGUGUCGGCCCGCAAGGGUGGCGAGGACUACAUUUUUGCACUGCUGACAGGCUACUGUGAUCCGCCAGCAGGGUUCGGACUGCGCGAUGGGCAGUACUUCAAUCCGUACUUCUCUGGCGGCGCCAUAUCGAUGGGCCAGGUGAUCAACAACGAGGUUGUGACCUACGCAGACGAUGAGGUUGCCCCAUCGGGCUCCCAGAUUGCCAAGGAUGUGGUCACGUUCCUCAAGUGGACCUCGGAGCCGGAGUCGGAUGAGCGCAAGCUGCUGCUGAUCAAGGUGGUCCUUAUUAGUUCGUUCUUGAUUGGAAUCAGCUACUACAUUAAGCGCCAUAAGUGGUCGGCGUUGAAGUCACGCAAGAUUUUCUUCGUGCCGGAGGUUACUGGAAAUGGAAAUGGCCAGAGCAAAAGAAAGGGCCAGGGCAAUGGCAGCGCCAAGACCGAUGAAGGUUGCCCAAAAUUUGAACACAAGAAGAGCGAGGUUAGUGGCAAGAAUGACGACGGAGACGGCAAGACCAAGUAAUAUUUAUUU